UGCGCCAAGUCCACGCAAAUCCGCUGUAGCCGUACACGACGACGACGAUUCGUAUGAAAUAAUAAUAAUAAAUCGCGUACGUUAAGACAAUCCGUCUUCAUCAUCAUUACAAUCACUGUACCUACGGUUUGGUGUUAUCGAACGACCGCCGUCGUGUUUUUAUAUAAUAUUAUUAUACAGUGAAUAACAAUAACUACGAUGUACAAAUAUUGUUUCUGAUAUUUACUAUACAAUUUAAUAUUUUAUACAUUAUCAUUUAUCAUAUUAAUUUAUUCACCUGUUAUAAUACUGCAACUGUUGUAGUUAAAUCAAUGAAAUAUUAGAACGGUGGUCGUGAUGAUAAACAAGUUUUAUAACGUAUUUAUAACAUUUUCAUUUUUUGUAGUUUAACUACGUUGUAGUAAUAUUAAACUUUUGAAGUAAACCGCGAUCGUCGUUAACGCGGUAUAAUAUUAUUAAAAUAAUAUUAUAUUGUUAUUUCACACGUACUCACUAUAUACGCUCAGUCGCUGAGGGAUGUUGUUAUUAUACGCACUUAUAAACGUGUAAAUGGACAAGAGUAUAUGAUUUAAACAUCGAAACUAAACUUAUUUUUAUUAUGAAGACCUCAAUCAAUUUAGAGCUCGUUUAAGUACAUCAACGAGAGGGCCUUUUAUACAUUAUCAAGAAGUAUAUAAUAUAUAAAUGUAUUUAUUCUAAUUCAAGCAUUGUAUUUGACGUAUAAAAGGUUAGGACAAAAAUAGUGUGAACUUCGUGCAAAAAUUCUUAGUUUUAAUGUUAUGUGGUAAUAAAGAAGUGUUUCUAAUUCUAAAAUUAAGCAGUAAGUACCGGACGCUGCCAAGUUGAAGUUGUUGUUUUCAACUGGCUGGCAUUAAACUGUUCGAUUAGUCAACGGCCAUAAUAAUAACAAGAACAACAUGAUGCACAAAGACGACUCGAAAACCGUCGCGCACGAAGAGACUGCAGCCGAGACAAAGUGCGAGCCGCUAUCGUCACCUGCAGCGCCGGACGAGAAUCCCGAGGCGUGGGAAACCAUGAGCRUCGUCUCGAAAUUCAAGUUCAUCAUUGAUCACUGUACGAUCGAGCCCAUGUUCGGGUGUUACAUCAUGACCAGCGUUCUGACGGGGCUGUGCACGCAGAACUUAAACCUGCAGAAGGCGUGCCGAGUGAACCUGAAGUUGUCCAACAGCACUUGUUCGGCGCUGGACAAUCGGAACUCGGACGACUUCGCCAAAGAGGAGGUCAUGGUCCAGGAGCUGGUGACCGACAUGAUCAUAUGGAAAACGAUCGUACAGAGCAGCAUACCGAUGGUGUUGAUAAUUUUCAUCGGAUCAUGGAGCGACCGGAACCACAAGCGCAAGCCGUGCAUGUUAAUACCCAUCGUGGGCGAGCUACUAACUAGCGUGGGGCUACUUGUCUGUACUUAUUAUUUUUACGAGCUUCCCGUGGAAGUGGUCGGAUUGGUGGAAUGCUUACCUCCAGCCAUGACCGGCGGAUGGAUGACAAUGGUCAUGGCCAUAUUCAGCUAUAUAGGUGACGUAUCUUCGGUAAAAUACCGCACACUCAGAAUUGGAAUAGCGAACGUUUUCUACUCCGUAGCCGUUCCUAUUGGUACCGCGUUGUCUGGUGUAUUGUUUCGAGGACUAGGAUUUUAYGGCGUGUACACCAUAGCCAUAGUGAUGUAUGCAUUUACGAUUUCAUAYGGCUGGAUAUUUAUCAAAGAACCAAAACCAGAGACUUAUUUAAAAAGCAAUGAACCAACCAAGUCGACAUCUUGUUUUUAUUUUAUCGAGGAUUUUUUCAGUCUGAGUAACAUUAAGGAGGCCAUUCGAGUGACGUUYAAGGAAGGACAACACAACAGAAAAUUAAGAAUUAUUUCUUUGUUAGUUGUCGUCAUUGUCGUGAUGGGUCCUUUGUAUGGGGAAAUGUCAAUGAUGUACAUGUUUACACGACUAAAAUUCAAUUGGAAUGAAAUCGACUUCAGUUUGUUUUCCACGUACGCUAUGGUUACCAAUCUUAUAGGUACGAUGUUUUCAGUUGGUGUGUUCAGUCACAAGUUAGGAAUCGACGAUGCCUUAAUUGGAGUAAUGUCGUGUAUGAGCAAAAUAUUAGCAGGAUUUGUUUAUGCGUUUGCCCCUACAGCUUUCAUUUUUUACUUAGCACCACUUGUGGAAAUCAUAAACGGUACAUCAUUUAUUGCUAUGAGGUCAAUUAUUUCCAAACUCGUACCAUCAGAUGAAUUAGGCAAAGUGAAUUCAAUAUUUGGCGUUUGUGAAGCUUUGGUACCAUUGAUUUAUGGACCGAUGUACAGUUAUGUGUAUAAGCACACAUUAAAGACAUUUCCUGGAGCGUUUUUUCUAUUUGGUGGCUUUUUAACAGCUCCAGCAGCGAUUAUAUUCCUAUGGAUGUACAACGAACAUCUCAAGGAACGGAGAGUAAAAGAGUCAACAGUCAAAAGCGGAGAAGAAAAUUCGGAAGAAACACAAAAAGAGAAUAGUAUGGACAUAAGAUUAUCCUCACAAAACAAUGAUUAGAUAUUCUCGUUAGCAGACAUAUUAUGCAACCUCUUAGGAUUUCGAGGCUAUUUUGAAGUUGAAUAUUGGACAAUAAAGUACCUAUUUUAUAUAUAUUACAUGGAUUGAGCGAUGCAAAUAAACAAAAUGUUCAAUAUUAUUA